UUUCAUUCUACUGUGUCUCCUUUUUUUACUCAGAUUCGAAAUCAGAGCAAAGCCUCAGGGUCUGGGCUCUGUGAGGGAGAUGAAGUGGUUUCUAUCAAUGGCAACCCUUGUGCAGAUCUCACCUACCCUGAAGUCAUCAAGCUCAUGGAAAGCAUAACAGACUCUCUCCAAAUGCUCAUCAAAAGACCAUCCAGUGGAAUAAGUGAGGCUUUGAUGUCUGAAAAUGAAAACAAAAACCACGAGCAUCUCACACAUGGAGGGUAUGUGGAAAGUACCACCCUGCAGAUUCGACCAGCCACAAAGACCCAGUGCACAGAGUUCUUCCUUGCCCCUGUCAAGAGUGAAGUUUCCCUAGCUGAGGACCAAAGAAGUAGUCCCGAUUGUGCAGGGAACUUGAAGGAAGAAACAGGCCUGAGCUACCAAAGGGCUCCCCAAAUGCCUGACUCCCAAAGAGGACGCAUGGCAGAAGAGCUGAUCUUAAGGGAGAAGGCAGAAGUAGAACAGUCCGGCCCUGUGGUUGAGCUGCAACUCUCCCUUUCCCAGGAGAGACAUAAGGGCACGAGUGACCCUUUAGUGGCUCUCCCGGGAGCUGAAAAAUCUGAGUUUCCUGACCCAGACCCUAGCUUGUCACAAGACAGAGUUGUCCACAUAAACUCGAUCCCUAUCAGUGAGAAAGCAGACCCUUUCCUGAGGUCCAGCAAGAUAAUCCAGAUCUCCAGUGGCAGAGAGUUGAGAGUGAUCCAGGAAAGUGAAGCAGGAGCUGCAGGACUGCCCCAGGUGGAAGUGAUCCUCGACUGCUCUGACAGGCAGAAGACAGAAGGGUGCAGGCUUCAGGCAGGAAAGGGGUGUGUGGAUUCUCCAGUGGAAGGAGGGCCGUCAGAAGCACCUCCUUCUCUGGUAUUCUUUGCCGUCUCAUCAGAAGGCACAGAGCAGGGAGAAGACCCACGCUCAGAAAAGGAUCACAGCAGACCUCACAAGCACCGAGCACGGCAUGCACGGCUCAGGAGGAGUGAAAGCCUGUCAGAAAAACAAGUGAAGGAAGCAAAAUCUAAAUGCAAAAGCAUUGCCCUUCUUCUAACAGAUGCUCCCAACCCCAACUCCAAGGGGGUGUUGAUGUUUAAGAAGCGUCGUCGGAGGGCCAGGAAAUACACCCUAGUUAGCUACGGUACUGGCGAGCUUGAGCGAGAGGCAGACGAGGAGGAAGACGGUGACAAGGAGGAUACAAGUGAAGUAGCAUUUCUUGGUGCAAGUGAGUCAGAGGUGGAUGAAGAGUUACUGUCUGACAUUGACGACAGCACACAAGCUGUGAACUUUGACUGGGAUUCUGGGCUGGUGGACAUUGAAAAGAAACUGAACAGAGGGGACAAGAUGGAGAUGUUACCAGACACCACAGGCAAGGGAGCCCUCAUGUUCGCCAAGCGGAGGGAGAGAAUGGAUCAGAUCACAGCCCAAAAAGAAGAGGACAAGGCAGGUGGAAUGCCAAGCAGAGAACAAGAUGCUGCCCAGACAGAUGGCCUGAGAACCAUGACUUCUUACCAAAGAAAGGAGGAAGAGUCGGUGAGAACGCAGAGCUCUGUGAGCAAAAGCUACAUCGAGGUGAGUCAUGGUCUUGGCCAUGUGCCCCAACAGAAUGGCUUCAGUGGGGCAUCUGAGACAGCAAACAUCCAGAGGAUGGUCCCCACGAACAGAACAGCCAAACCCUUCCCAGGGUCUGUGAACCAGCCAGCCACCCCCUUCUCGCCAACCCGAAACAUGACAAGUCCCAUUGCUGACUUUCCUGCACCUCCACCUUACUCUGCGGUCACUCCUCCCCCUGAUGCCUUCUCCAGAGGGAUAUCAAGUCCUAUUGCUGGCCCAGCACAGCCCCCUCCAUGGCCCCAGCCUGCCCCAUGGUCCCAGCCAGUCUUUUACGAUUCAUCUGAGCGAAUAGCUUCCCGAGAUGAGAGGAUCUCAGUGCCAGCAAAAAGAACAGGAAUAUUGCAGGAAGCCAAAAGGAGAAGCACGACAAAACCCAUGUUUACUUUUAAAGAGCCCAAAGUAAGCCCAAAUCCUGAACUCUUGUCACUCCUUCAAAAUUCAGAAGGCAAACGGGGCACUGGAGCUGGAGGUGAUUCCGGACCGGAAGAAGACUACCUCAGCUUGGGAGCAGAGGCUUGCAAUUUCAUGCAAAGCACCUCUGCCAAACAAAAGAUCCCACCUCCUGUUGCUCCAAAACCUGCAGUCAAGUCCUCAUCCUCCCAACCAGUAACUCCAGUUUCCCCAGUCUGGUCUCCAGGAGUGGCUCCCACCCAACCUCCGGCCUUCCCCACAUCCAGCCCAUCAAAGGGCACCGUCGUCUCCUCCAUCAAAAUAGCCCAGCCUUCUUACCCUCCUGCCCAGCCUGCAAGUGCUUUAAACCUGGCUGGUCCCUUCAAAGGACCACAAGCAGCAGUAGCCAGUCAGAAUUACACACCCAAACCAGCAGUUCCCACACCAACAGUCAAUGCUGCUCAGCCUGGUGCAGUGGGACCAUCCAAUGAGCUACCAGGAAUGAGUGGGAGAGGAGCUCAGCUCUUUGCUAAAAGGCAGUCGAGAAUGGAGAAGUAUGUGGUCGAUUCAGACACCGUGCAGGCUCACGCUGCUCGAGCUCAGUCUCCCACUCCGUCUCUCCCAGCCAGUUGGAAGUACUCCUCCAAUGUCCGAGCACCUCCUCCUGUGGCUUAUAAUCCUAUCCACUCCCCCUCCUACCCACUAGCUGCUCUCAAAUCUCAGCCAUCAGCUGCACAGGCCCCCAAAGUGGGCAAGAAAAAGGGGAAGAAACCACUCAAUGCAUUAGAUGUCAUGAAGCACCAACCGUAUCAGCUCAAUGCAUCCUUGUUUACUUUCCAACCUCCAGAUGCAAAGGAUGGCCUCCCCAAAAAGUCAUCAGUCAAGGUCAAUUCAGCCCUGGCCAUGAAGCAAGCUCUUCCUCCUCGGCCAGUGAAUGCUGCCUCACCUACGAAUGUGCACGCUUCAUCAGUGUACUCGGUACCAGCCUAUACCUCUCCCCCAUCCUUCUUUGUAGAGGCCUCCUCACCAGUCAGUGCAUCCCCAGUGCCUGUGGCCGUUCCCACCUCACCAAAGCAAGAAUCAGCCUCUUCGUCUUAUUUUGUGGCACCAAGGCCAAAGUUCUCAGCCAAGAAAAGUGGUGUCACAAUUCAGGAGAGUGGACACUCCCUUUCUCUUCCCGGAAGAUCAGUCCCACCCUCCAUUUCUACAUCUCCUUGGGUAUACCAGCCAACUUAUAGUUACUCUAGCAAACCAACUGAUGGACUAGAGAAAGCAAACAAGAGACCAACUCCUUGGGAAGCAGCAGCAAAGUCUCCUCUCGGUCUAGUGGAUGAUGCUUUCAGACCCAGAAACAUCCAGGAAUCCAUUGUGGCAAAUGUGGUCUCAGCAGCUCGGAGGAAGGUGCUUCCAGGGCCUCCAGAGGAUUGGAAUGAGAGACUGUCCUAUGUUCCUCAAACCCAGAAGGCCUAUAUGGGCUCAUGUGGAAGGCAAGAGUAUAAUGUCACAGCCAAUAAUAAUAUGUCCACCAAUUCCCAAUAUGGUUCACGGUUUCCAUAUGCAUACUAUAGGCAGGCCUCAAGACAUGAUUCCGAGAUCAUGUCCAUAGAAACCAGGUCUGAUUACUCUCUUCCAGUAGCUGAUUACAACUACAACCCACACCCAAGGGGAUGGAGACGCCAAACAUGAAAGUUAGAAGAAUGGAUCAUGUGCCAACUAUGUUUUUCUAAAAAAUGCUCCUUUGUAGGUAUUUUAAACUUUUCUAAUAGAUUUAGAUUCACUUUUGGCUUUGGCUUGUUCUCAUAAGUCAUUUAUCUAAGUUUGUGUGUCUAGACACACAGGUGAGUGUGAAUCACUUCCUUGUCAGCUGAUGCAUAGAGAAUUACUUUGAAGAAAAUUUCACAAUCUUCAUUGAUAUGCUGGCACUUAUAUGUAAUUCAUAAUUUUGAUUCCACUUAUAGGUAGUCUAUGUAACUAAACUCUACUCAAAUAAAAUAAAACUAAGUAUUUCUUCCUUGCACCUUAGUCCAGUAAGAAAUGAAUGAAAUAUGGUGUACUAAUUAUCACUACCUAUAACAGCAAGGAAUAUAACAUUGCAGAAAUUUCUCUUAGGGGCAUGCCAGUGAGCAAUUAUUUUAUAAAAAUAUUUUCCUUGGUAUUAAGUAUUUAUCUGCAGCAUUUAAAAAAAUCUAAUAAAUUUCAGAUUUUAAAAAAAUAAUUAAAAUAUGGAGUUCUCUGAAAUAAAUAAACAUAUGAGAAUAAGAUUAUUAUACAUUUUGGAAGGACUUUUGGGGAAUGGCAUGAUGUGUAGAGAAUAGAAAGAUUUAGGUAUGUGAUUUAUCUCUAAUCUAUUUUAAGCCAGAAGCCUGUGACAGGAAUAGACUCUGGGUUCAGGUGUCCCCAUUUGUCAAAUGAGAAGAUUGGAUUAUCUAACCUUUUUUUUUACUAUUUUUUUUGAGACAGAGUUAUGCUCUGUUGCCCAGGCUGGA